GGCUUGUUGUGUGGGGCCCUAUUGCAACCGCGGACCGACGGAGGCGAGCGCACCGGUUGGAAGCUAGGCUAAGCUAACUGUUUCAACUGAAAGCCGGUUAAUGUCUGGUUUCGAGCGGGCUUCCUUCUCAGCACGCGCGUGGACUCGUUGCCGAAAAUUCCAAACUACGUGGAAGUAUUUCCGCUCGUAGGCUAACACGCGGGACGGGACGUUUAUUUCCGAGAAGGCGCUUUUUGGCGGUGCUAGCAGAGCGGGCAAGGCGGGCAGGCGCCACUUCUGUUUGACAACAGCCGCUAUUCGCUCACGUUUUCUGCUGUUGUUGUUUUUGGAGCAGCUUACUGGAGUAGAUAAUUCCUCUGAGCCGCGAGCAGCUGAGGGGAGAAACCACACUCUGAAGUCGUUUUCUUUUUUUUUCUCUUUUUUUCCCCUUCAAGGCGAUCUCUAAAUAUAAGUUAGUAUGGCAGAAUUCCUCGAAGAUCCGUCGGUUCUCACGAAAGAUAAGCUGAAGAGCGAGCUCACGGCGCACAAUGUCCCGCUUCCGAGCGGCGAGCACAAGAAGGAGGUCUACGUGCAGUUGUAUCUGAAGAACCUGACCGUGCUGAACAACAAGAAGAGCCCGCCUGCAGACACCUUCUCCAGCGACGAGGAGCUGCCCACCCCGGUGGUGUCCAACAGGAGCCGCUCCGGACGAAAAGCAACAAAGAAGACGGACAAACCCCGCACAGAGGAGGUGGAGGUGGCGGAGCUCACGGAUGAAGAUCUGAAACAACAGCUGGCGAAGCAUGGCGUGGACACUGGACCUAUUGUCGCUUCCACCCGUAAGGUGUAUGAGAAGAAGCUGCAGAAGCUUCUGGACGAGCCGGCGGCAGAACCUGGAGCUCCUGCAGACGUCACGACUCUCCCCAAGGCGGACAGUAACCAGAACGGCAACACCAACUCUGACCACUACAGCGACAAAGAGGAUGAGCAGGUUCCUGAGCCAGAACCGGUCCCUGUGGUGGAGAAGCCUAUAAGGAGCAGAGGGAAAGCUCCUGUCACGGUCAGGACCAGCAGCAGACGACAAACCAAGGUCGUGGACGACGUCCUGGUCGAAGAGACUCCAAAGAAGGCCAGCAAGAGUGUCGUGGAAGACAUCCUCGCCAAUGAAAUCAGCACCCCCACAGGCAUCAGUGCAUCCUGCCGGCGUCCGAUCAGAGGGGCGGCGGGUCGACCCUUAAAACCCAGCGAGUACUGGCUGGAUGAGUCCCGCGUGCAGCACACCGUCCACACGGAGAGCCGCGCCUACACCGAGACGUACUCUCAGCCGAGCGGCCGCGUCUCCUCCAGCAAAGCCCCGGCCCGGCGAGGCUACCUGUCGCUGGUGCUCAAACUCCUGCUCCUCGUCGUGGUGGCCGGCUCCCUUUACUACGCGUACCAGAACCUCAGUCCGGAUCAGGUCGACGCCCUGAAGGGCCUCCUGGACAGCGUCGUCGCCCCGGUCCAAAGCGCCGUGGAGACGGCGGCCGACUACCUGGGCGUGGGCGGCAGCGGCGCCGCCAUCGAGGGCCCCGCCAACUAAAGGACCGACGGCAGGCCCCGGCCCAUCUCCCCUCUCCCUUUCACGUCUGGACAGGAGACAGAAGAUCCAAUCGGAACGACGGACUUUUAUUUCCCCUCGCUUUCCUCCCGCCACAAGAGGAAGGAAGGUUAACUCAAACCGGGUAGCCGUCGCACGACAGUCGGAAGAGACGACUUAAAUGUUGGUUUUACUCUGUGAAUGGUUUGUGUCUUUGUGUGCAUUGAGCCGUCUGUAGGAAGGAGCGCGGAGCGGAGCGGCCGGUUUGUCCGUGCAUGAUUGUAGCUGUUCUGGGUUUGGUUUGACGCUCAUACUGUAGUUUUUACCCGACGCUCAGUGCCAGGCGUCUCUCUGACUGAAGUGCCUGGACACUUGUUAGCACUUAGCGCCCUCCCAUUUAUUUUACUCUUCCUUCCUUUUUUUUUUUUUUU